GAUGGUCAUUUAGUGCCUUAGUGGUCAUUUAGUGAUGGUCGUAUUGGUGUGGAAAAAGCUGGCUUAGAGCACAAGAUGUGAAGCUUAUGAGGAAAUAGAAGACAACAACAAUACAUUGUGGGGGCACUUGCGGUUAAAGUCGUUUGAUUUUAACUUAACAUUUAACUAAAAAAAAAAGUCUUUCCAUCAACUAGGUGUGGAGCACUUUCAGCGACACGAAAGAAACUCAUUCUAUAUCCUUUUGAAAAAUGGGUCGAAACAAUCUCCUCUCAUUGGUCUUCUGGCUUCUCCCCGCGAGCUUUACUGUUGUUGUCUCUUCGGAGUUUUGCUUGGAAAACUUUGGAUCUUUUAGACCAGGUGGUAAUUUUGACAGGAACCGUCAACUUAUACUCACAUCUCUUGCAUCUGAGGUCACAGCUAAUGAUGGUUUCUUCAACGCUUCCACUGGGACAGAUCCUGACCAAGUCUACGCCAUGGGGAUGUGCAUACCAGGAGCUAAACAGGAGGUUUGUUCGGAUUGUAUCAAGGCCGCAUCUGACCAGUUAAUACAGAGUUGUCCAAACCAGGCAGCAGCAUUAUACUGGUCAGGUGGAGGUGAAACUCUAUGUAUGGCACGCUACUCUAACAAGCCGUCUUUUAGACCGUUGGAUAUGGAUUUACCUUCUGUUGGUUAUAAUACUGGAAAUCUCAGCACAAACUUAACGGAUUUUGAUGAGUUAUUGGAGCGAUUAUCAGUUCGUAUGGUGACUGAAGUUUCAUCAUCAGGCAAGAAUGUACCAGUCUCUAACAGUAGAUUCUAUGCAGCUAAUGUAGCAGCUUUGACAAGUUCUAUAAAUAUAUAUGCAUUAAUGCAAUGGACCCCAGACGUCACUCCCUCUAUCUGUAACACAUGCUUACGACAAAGUGUUGAUGACUAUGUGGAUUGCUGUCGUGGGAGCCAAGGCGGCUACGUGUACUGGCCUAAUUGUAUUUUCCGGUGGGAUCUGUACCACAAUGGCGCCUUUGAUCAUAUUAAGUUAGCGCCUCAGCCGACAUCUCAGCCCUCAUCUCAGCCGGCAUCUCAGCUGCAGUCCCCACCUCCCCUGACAAACAAAGAUGGGAAAAAGAUUGGUAAUGGAGCUAUCAUAGGAAUUGUCCUUGCAACGCUCAUAGUACUUGCUCUGCUUGCUCUUUGGGUUGCUGUUUGCAGGAGUAGGCAAAAAUACAAAGCUUUUGCCCCGGAAACUGCAGAUGAUAUUGCCUCUGCAGGAUAUCUUCAGUUUGAUAUCAAAGAAAUCGAAGCUGCAACAAGUCACUUUUUGGCCAGUAACAAGAUCGGUCAAGGAGGAUUCGGCGUAGUUUACAAGGGUACGCUCCCAAAUGGAACUGAAGUUGCAGUCAAGAGGCUGUCAAGAAGUUCAGAUCAAGGUGAAAUGGAGUUCAAGAACGAGGUGCUUCUUGUAGCAAAGCUUCAGCAUCGAAAUCUCGUUAGGCUUCUUGGGUUUUCUCUGCACGGCGAAGAAAAGAUACUCGUCUAUGAGUUUGUUCCCAACAAGAGCCUCGAUUACUUCCUCUUCAACCCAACAAAGAAGGGUCAGCUAGAUUGGACAACACGGUACAACAUCAUCGGAGGGAUCACGCGAGGGAUUCUCUAUCUUCAUCAAGAUUCAAGGCUAACCAUUAUACACCGUGACAUAAAAGCAAGUAACAUUCUAUUAGAUGCCGAUAUGAAUCCCAAAAUAGCCGAUUUUGGAAUGGCUAGAAAUUUCAGAGACCAUCAAACUGAAGCCAAUACAGGAAGAGUGGUCGGAACCUUCGGUUACAUGUCUCCAGAAUAUGUGACGCAUGGCCAGUUCUCUACCAAAUCUGAUGUUUAUAGUUUCGGAGUAUUGAUUCUGGAGAUUGUUAGUGGCAAAAAGAAUAGCAGCUUCUAUCAGAGGACUGGUUCAGUUUGCAACUUGGUGACAUAUGUUUGGAGGCUUUGGAAUAGUGAUUCACCUUUAGAAAUCAUUGACCCCACGAUUGGGGAAACCUACGAGAAAGAUGAGGUUAUUAGAUGCAUCCAUAUCGGACUAUUAUGCGUCCAAGAAGCUCCUUCAGAUCGUCCUGCCAUGACAACAAUCUUUCAGAUGCUUACCAAUAGCUCCGUUAUUCUACCUGUGCCUCGACCACCUGGAUUUUUCUUUAGGAACAAACCCAACUUAGACCCUUUAACAUAUGGAUCUGAGCCAGGUGAAUCCAGCAGUAAGUCUGUUCCUUGUUCUAUCGACGAUGCAACUAUCACUGCUGUCACUCCUCGUUGAAAGUCUUUGCAUUUUCACUCUGUACAGCAAGUUAUCACUCUACAUUUUCCUUGUAGCACACGCAACUCCAGUUUGUCAAAGUCCAUAAAAGGGAAGUACAUUUUGUAUUAAAAGGGUUCAGUUAUUCCUGUUUUAGAUGUGCAAUCUAUCUAAACUAUUAAAAUGGAAGUACAUUUUGUAAUUAACACUAAUUUUUCCACAAUAAUUACCAACUUAUGCCACUUAUUAAAC